UUAUGGGCAUCUUGGCUCGGCCUGCCCAAGGACGUGCCCUCUCCUCCUUGCCUCUCCACGCAGAGAGACUUGCGCACACCCAGCAGCCACUGUGGACUCCCCAAGGCCAUGUCUUCACGGAGCUCUUCGUCCACUUUUCGCUCCGAGCACAUCAGCACCUACACGCCGAGCAAGCAUCGCUUCGAGCCUCUGCUGGACCCGCCACACGGGAUCUUUGGGGCAGGGAGAACUCAGGAGCCCUAUGGGUAUUCAGGCUCCCCUCCGUCGGUCCAUUCCUCCGCCUUGGGCAGCAGCAACAUAGUGGCCAGUGGGAACAAAUACCAGGUCAUCACGGAUCUCAGCCAGUUUGAACCUCAAGAUAUUGUGGUGACUUCCUACAACCACUGCAUUGUUAUCCAAGCUGAGAAGAUGGCCGAUGAUGGCAUCGUCUCCAAUACCUUCACCCACAAGUGCCAGCUUCCAACAGACAUGGAUCCUCUGUCCGUCAGUUGCUCCCUGAACGAUGCUGGCAAGUUGAUCAUCACGGCUAGGAGGCAACAGCUGUCCCCCUCCCCUCUGUAUCGCACGGAGGUGAAACUCUAAGUGUACCCCACUCACCGCAAAAAGCACAUCAGCCCACUCCCUAAAGCUCCCCAUAUCUAUGAUUGAUUCUUGGUUUGAUUGGUGGGCAUCCUUUCUCCGUGCCAUGCCAUACUGUAGCGCCACGUGGCAUUCGGCAUGCAUUCCUUCAACCUUAGAUCCCAUGUUCAUUGGAUAGAAAGAAAACCCUAGGGUAGUUCUUGACUUACGACCGCAGUUUGGACGGCAGCUUCCAUCCCUGAGCAAUGAAUUCGUUGAGUUGUUCCUGAUUCUACGACCAUUUUUUUUUUUUUGCUAUGGUUGGUAAACCAAUCGCUGCAAUUGUUAAGUGAAUCACAUGGUUGUUAAAUGAAUCAGGCUUCCCCCAUUGACACUGAUUGACAGAAGCUCCUGGGGAAGGUCCCAAAGGAUGAUCCCUUGACCCUGGGACACUGCAACUGUCAUAAAUAGAAGCCAGUUGCCAAGUGCCCCAAUUCUGAUUCCCAUCAGCAUAGGGACACCGGGACCGUCAUAAGUGUGAGGACUGGUUGUAAAGUCACUUUUUAAACUCUGUUGUAACUUCGGUGGUUAAACAUUUGAGGACUACAGUAUGUGCAGCGAGAGAGAGACAAAAACAACAACAACAACCGGGUGGCUAUGAAAUGGCCGUGAUCUUCCAUUGCUGGGAUAUGCAAAGCAACAGCUUCUACGAAAAUUUUUUUCAUGAGGUCUAGAUCAGUGGUUCUCAACCUUUUUAAUGCCGCGACCCCCAACCGGUCGUAAGUCGAGGACUACUCAACCGGUUGUAAGUCAAGGACUACUCAACUGGUGCAGCACCGUUUG